GUUUUUGGCGCCACCGCAAUCAUCAUGGCUUUGGCAUUGGCUUUAACCGUUCAAACUUCAAAAACAAGCUUUCAGAGUCAGGGUUAGUCAUAAGUUGUCAAAACGCUGUACAUGUAGUAAGUUUUUCUAUUCUAAUCAAAUUAUCUGUCAAAUUAUUCUCACAAUUAUCGCCGACAUUCGGGCCUCGUGCAACUUUUAAAAUGUCUUGCAAAUUGGAUGAUUACCAAGUAUUAGAAACACUAAAUGACAGCAAAUAUGGUCUACGACAAAGAAUAUCUCGUUCUGAUGGUCGCUUAUUUGAACGACGACAACUUAGUUACAAACACAUGGAUGAUGCCCUUAAAGAGAUGGUGAUUUAUGAAAUCAAUAAUUUAAAGAAAUUAAGACAUCCAAAUAUUAUCAACCACGAAGAUGCCAUCGUUGAAAGAAAAACUUGCACACUUUAUUUGAUUACAGAAAUCGGUGGAAGUGAUAGCUUACAGACGCUGAUUGAUUACCACAAAAGGUCAAGAACAUUCAUUAAAGAAGAUUUGAUUUGGAAUGUUUUAUCACAGUUUUGCCAAGCUUUGCAUUCACUCUCUGUAGUGCAAAAUCCAUAUAGAAGCCAAAUCUUCCAUCGUUGCUUGAAACCAUCAAGUGUUUAUUUCAACUUUCAGACACAAAAGAUAAAAAUUGGUGAUUUUGGACUUGGCCUGAUCUCUAAGCCCUAUUAUAUGUGCCCUGAACUACAAAAAUUGGGCUUGUGCAAUGAAAAAUCUGAUGUUUGGUCAAUGGGAUGCAUUGUUUACGAAAUGUGCAGCUUAAAGUCACCGUUUCAAACAGCAGAAAACAAUAAGAAUCAAAUAACAGAUUGGAAACUUGAAAAUGUACCGAAGAUAUACUCCCGUGACCUUUCCUCCAUUUUACGUUUUAUUUUGACUCCAGAUGAAGACACUAGACCCUCUCCUCUCAUGGUUCUCUAUCACCCAAUAGUCAAAGCCAGAAAGGGAGGUUUAAAAUCUGCAGAUGGCGGAUCGGGGGUCCUGGAAACUGAUUUCCCUCUCUCCUCUAAGGAAAACCUCACCGUUAUUGCUGAAGAUUCACUUGAAGUUUCAACGGCGGAUUGUUCUGACCUAUCCCUCAACCAAUACCUAUCGAUGAUGGGUGAUCAAGAAGCUUCGACGACAUAUAUUGAUGACGUGGACAUUCAAUCCAUUGAAAAUGGAACAGCUUACCCCAAGGCUACUUCUAGCGUUCUGCAUGUCAGUCCGUUACCAUCUCCGAUUAGUAAGAAGUUCGGUGGAUCAAUUAGACGCCCAAGAUCUUCGUUAGAAAACUCCCAAGUGACUCGAAAAGCCACAGAAUUGUGCCAAACGGAACUUCAUUUGCAACGUUGGGCCAAAAUGCUGGAAGAAAAGGAACAGGAACUGGCUCAUAAAGAGAAGCGGCUCCAUUUAUGGGAGACUCAGAUCAAAGAAAUGGUCAAACAAUGUGGCACUUUGAAUCGAUCCAGUUUCAGUCGAACUUCAUACACCCAACAGCACUCGACCAACGAGAGCAGUGGAGUAGAGACCGAUAUGGAUAGCACGGUCAGUGCUUACCCUAGCGAUUCCAUCCUGGAACCUACUGCGGUUCGAAUGGAGCCAUCAAAAAUAGCAAAUCCCUUCUCUCGGUAUCAGACGGAUCGACACGUACGUUUCCAGCAAUCAGAAAAUGACAAUAGUCGCACGCGGAGUGAGAGCGCGUCAAAUUUAUUCGCAGAGCAGCGACUCCACUGGCUUGAAAUGAAGAGGAAGAAACAUCACAUUACGCAAUCUCCACCGCCAGUUCUACCCCCUAAAAUGAAUGGAAAACUCGAAACUGAUUACAUCUUUAUGGAAGAGAAAUCUAUUCCUAUUUCGGCUCUAAAGAGUCGAAUGUGUAAAUCACACACUGGUGAGAGUCAUAGCCGAUUUGAAAUGCCAAAACACUUACUUAAAGACAAGGAGAAUUACGAUGAAAGUUGGAGAUUUGACGCGGCUAGGUAUUGUCAACCCCUUCCUGCACGCCCAACCGGUGUGAAAAUUACUGAUUCUAAAAUUUUAACAAAUGAAUUGCGAGCUAAGCUCAAGUCACAUAAUCUGCCCGGUUUACGUUAAAUAUUUUCUUUCUUUUUAAGGUUUUACACUUACCGGGACAGUUUUUCACUCUUUUAAAUAGGCUGUUUAGUUCCUACCAUUUAUGUUUAAGCAUUUACAUAUUCAUUCCUUUAUAUACUAAUCCUCGGCGUUUUGCAAUGUUAACCAUUUGUUUUUUUCGUCUUCAACAUAACUGAGCCGGCAUGGGCUUUCCUUCCAUUGCAUUGACAAUAUUUUGCGCGGUCAUGGUUGCCAUAGUAGUUCUUGUUUGUAGCGUUGCGCUUCCAAUAUGUGGGAUCAGAACUGAGAUAACCAGAAGUAUUAAAACAUUUUUCAGAGACAUUAUAGUUAUAGCAUUGUGGUAUGUUCAUUGGAAAUACACGAAUAAUUUACUUACCGCAA